AUGCCUUCGAGCUCCGGUACCGACUCUCCUUUCACAAAUGACACCGAGCUCGACGACGAGGCAUCAGCCCGAGGAGAUGCAAACGACGUGGUCUUCAUCCUCACCAGCUCUUUUCUCAUAUUCACUAUGCAGUCAGGAUAUGCUCUUUUGGAGUCUGGUAUAGUGUCGCGAAAGAACGAAGUGAACAUCUUGGUGAAGAACGCUACUAAUGUACUGGUAGGAGGCAUCGCCUACUGGGCAUUUGGAUUCUCACUCAGCUUUGGCAAUCGCUACUCCGAUCUCUGGAUCGCUCUAGGAUCAUUCUUCACACAGGCCGACAUCGAGGAGAUGGGCGUGGUUUACUCGAAAUUCGUCUUUGAGUUGGCAUAUGCAACGACGGCUACCACACUGAUCUCGGGCGCCAUGGCAGAGCGGUGCAAAUUCACAAGUUACUGCGUAGUGACGGCCCUGAUCAUCUUCGUAUACAGCCUGCCUUCAGGAUGGAUGUGGAGAGAUAACGGGUUUCUCGCCUCUCUGGGAGCCGUAGAUGUGGGAGGAUCGGGAACCGUCCAUCUUGUUGGUGGCUGCUGCGGAAUCGUAGCGGCGACCAUCCUGGGACCGCGAACGGGUCGUUACGACAGAGGCCUCCAACUGCUUCCCCUAGGCAAUCCCACCAACGCCUUGCUGGGUCUCUUCAUGCUGUGGUGGGGCUGGUUAGGAUUCAGCGCCGGAAGUACAACUGGCAUAGUGGACGACAAGUGGAAGUAUUCAUCGAGAGCAUCUGUCACAACAGUACUGGCUUCAUCUGGAGGUGGUUUGGUGGGAAUGAUAUACAGUUUUAUAAUCAAAAAAGGAAUCCACGACGUAUCCAUCCUCAUUAAUGCGGUCAUGGGAUCACUCGUGGCAAUAUCAGGUGGGUGCACCAUCGUCCGUCCUUGGGAAGCCAUCCUAAUCGGGAUGGUGGCAGCACUGCUGGUGCUCCUCUCUAUUCCGCUCAUAGACCGACUUCGAAUCGACGAUCCUACGAACACCUUUGCCGUCCACGGAAUCGGCGGUAUCUGGGGCAUGUUGGCCAUUGGUCUGUUUUCCGUUAAAGACGAUAUGAGAAACUACACUAGGGGCCUCGAUGGAUUAUUAAAGGGAGGCGGAUGGACUUUGAUAAGUGCUCAAGCUCUAGCCUGUGGCGUUCUGAUUUUUUGGAGCGUUACGAUGUCCACCCUUCUUCUUUAUCCCUUGCAUAAAAUCAUUGGCCUCCGAAUGCCUCUGGAAGAAGAAAUUUUGGGCCCCGACUAUGUCGACCACUGCCUCAAGCACGAUGGGAACACCAAACUCAUCGCUAGCUAUAAGGAAAGAAGGCGGAGGCUCCUCAGGUACUAAGAAGAGGAAAAGAGGAAUCCGGAACUUGUGACACAGUCGAUGGUCCUGCGUAGCCAUGAAACAGAAGUCAAAUUUCUUUAACCUGCGCAUUACAUUACAUUACCCAGUCAUGGCAUUUGC